UCUCCCACUAUCUCUUCCAUUGCAAUUUCCAACCUUAACCAUCAUUGCCACACUACAACAAUGGAAGCUCUCAACACCAUUUUCUUGGCUAUUUUUCUUGUCUUGGCUUCAGCAUUGUAUUCGGCCAAUGCCAAAAUCCAGGAGCAUGAGUUUGUUAUUCAAGCAACACCAGUGAAGAGGCUGUGCAGCACUCACAGCACCAUCACUGUGAAUGGACAAUUCCCUGGCCCAACUUUGGAAGUCAACAAUGGAGACACUUUAGUCGUCAAAGUCACUAACAAAGCUCGUUACAAUGUCACCAUUCACUGGCAUGGUAUUCGGCAAAUGAGAACAGGUUGGGCUGAUGGACCGGAAUUUGUGACUCAGUGUCCCAUUCGCCCAGGAGAGAGUUACACCUAUCGUUUCACCAUUCAAGGACAAGAAGGCACACUUUGGUGGCAUGCUCAUAGCUCAUGGCUAAGAGCCACUGUUUACGGUGCUUUAAUCAUUCACCCCAGAGAGGGAGAGGCAUAUCCUUUCGCUAAGCCAAAGCGCGAGACACCAAUUCUUCUAGGGGAAUGGUGGGACGCAAAUCCGAUCGAUGUUCUGAGACAAGCCACACAAACAGGAGCAGCUCCGAAUAUUUCUGAUGCAUACACCAUCAACGGUCAACCUGGCGAUCUUUACAAGUGUUCUAGCCAAGGAACCACUGUUGUUCCAAUAGAUUCUGGUGAGACCAACCUCCUUCGAGUCAUCAAUGCUGCACUCAACCAACCACUUUUCUUCAGUGUGGCCAACCACAAACUCACAGUGGUUGGUGCCGAUGCCUCCUACCUUAAACCCUUCACCACCUCAGUCAUCAUGCUGGGUCCAGGCCAAACCACCGAUGUUCUCAUCCAAGGUGACCAACCACCCUCACGCUACUACAUGGCUGCACGUGCCUAUCAAUCCGCACAAAACGCCCCUUUUGACAACACCACAACCACAGCCAUUCUCAACUACAAAUCUGCACCAUGUCCUGCAAAGGGUAUCUCCACCAAACCCCUUAUGCCCUCUCUCCCAGCUUACAACGACACCAACACAGUCACUGCCUUCAGUAAAAGCUUCAGAAGCCCCAGACAAGUUGAAGUCCCUGCAGAAAUCGAUGACGACCUUUUCUUCACCAUUGGCCUUGGCCUCAACAAUUGCCCUCCAAAUUUCAGCCCAAACCAAUGCCAGGGUCCAAAUGGAACACGCUUCACUGCCAGCAUGAACAACGUCUCUUUUGUUCUCCCCAGCAACGUCUCCAUCUUGCAGGCUCAUCACCUUGGAGUCCAAGGAGUGUUCACCACUGACUUUCCUACACAGCCUCCUCUGAAAUUUGAUUACACCGGUAAUGUGAGUCGUUCGCUGUGGCAACCCGUUCCCGGGACUAAGGUGACCAAGUUGAAAUUUGGAUCCAGAGUGCAGAUUGUGUUGCAGGACACUAGCAUCGUGACCCCUGAGAACCACCCCAUUCACCUUCAUGGGUAUGAUUUCUACAUAGUAGCAGAAGGUUUCGGAAAUUUUGACCCCAAGAAAGACAUUUCCAAGUUCAACCUUGUUGAUCCACCUAUGAGGAACACCGUUGCAGUACCUGUGAAUGGAUGGGCAGUUAUCCGAUUUGUUGCCGACAACCCAGGAGCUUGGAUUAUGCACUGUCACUUGGAUGUUCACAUCGGGUGGGGUUUGGCCACUGUGCUCUUGGUGGAUAAUGGAGUUGGGUUGUUGCAGUCCAUAGAGCCUCCUCCAGAGGAUCUGCCUCUCUGUUAGAAUAAUCAAAAGCAGAAAUAUUGAACUUGUAUCUGUAGUUCGUAAUUUUUCCUAGUCCAUUGUUGCUUCCCUGUAUUAGGGGGUAUUUCUUCUUUUGCUCUGUUUUUGUCGUUUUUUUCAUAUAGAGAUAAUCAGGGAUUAAAAGAGACGGUGAUGUGAUUUCAACACAACAUGCCGUCUUAUCUAUCAAUAAGCCCGAUUCAUUAAACUGAUGUUAGCAGUUUUCUUCCCGUUGUGGUUUAUGUUAUCUAUCAACAAAGAUGAGUUUUGAUCCCUCA